AGAGAGAAAGAGAGAGAGAGAGAGAAGGGGAGAGCGAGGGAGGCUGUGUGUCCCAGCCACACCGCACUCUCCAAACACAACCACAGUCUCGCCACGUUCAGUUCAAUGAAGAUCUAACGAGCACAACACAGAACGAUCCAAACCAGAGAAUAUAUUACACGCGCUUUACGUGCGCGUUUGACGUCCUCUCUCACCGAACAUCGUUUCUACCGGACAACUCCAGGAAAGAAGCGAAAUAAGAGCAAUCAAAGGGGGAAAAAGGACGAAGAAGAAAAAGAAAAACCCCAGAGGACGGAUUUUUUUCCUUCACGUUAUUUCAUUUCUAAAGGACUCGGCUUGUCAUUACUGGAUGUAAAAAAUUAAAUUCAAUAAACUCUCGACUUCUCUUUGUCGAAGAAAAAAAAGGAGAGACCGAGUUUCAAAGUGACUGCAAAAUGGUGAUAAGGCUGUGAAUACCCUGCAUCUGAGAAAUCAGACCAGACUGACUCACAGGGCUCUGUGAGCCAGCGCCACCGAGGCUGCCAAAGCAUGCUGGUGCCAAGCUGUCCCACCAUGCACAGAGCCAGACCCACGCUGCUGCUGCCGCUGCUGCUUGUCCUGGGUCUGCUCCUCCACCUCACCGACGCUCAAACACCACCAAAGUUUUUAAGAACCCCCAAUGACCAAACAGGCGUACAAGGAGGUGUGGCAUCCUUCAUCUGCCAAGCUACGGGAGAUCCACGGCCGAAGAUUGUGUGGAACAAGAAGGGGAAGAAAGUCAGCAACCAGAGAUUUGAGGUGAUAGAGUUCGAUGACGGCUCUGGUUCAGUGCUAAGAAUUCAGCCAUUACGCACGCCCCGAGAUGAAGCCAUAUAUGAAUGCGUCGCCUCCAACAGUGUUGGAGAGACGAGCGCUACCACCAGACUCACUGUUUUACGUGAGGACCAGCUACCCCCUGGUUUUCCCACCAUAGACAUGGGCCCACAGUUAAAAGUGGUGGAGCGAACACGCACUGCCACCAUGCUCUGUGCCGCCAGUGGCAACCCCGACCCAGACAUCUCCUGGUUCAAAGACUUCCUCCCUGUCAACACCACCAACAACAAUGGACGAAUUAAACAGCUCAGAUCAGGAGCCCUCCAGAUAGAGCAGAGCGAAGAGUCUGACCAGGGGAAGUAUGAAUGUGUGGCGACCAACAACGAUGGAACCCGCUACUCUGCCCCAGCCAAUCUAUAUGUCAGAGUACGUCGGGUGCCACCAAGAUUCUCCAUUCCACCCACAGACAAUGAAAUCAUGCCAGGCGGCAGUGUCAAUAUCACAUGUGUGGCAGUAGGUUCUCCCAUGCCAUAUGUCAAGUGGAUGCUUGGUGCUGAAGACCUUACACCGGAGGACGACAUGCCCAUUGGACGGAAUGUCUUAGAGCUUACAGACGUCCGACAGUCAGCCAACUACACAUGUGUGGCAAUGUCAACCCUGGGGGUGAUUGAGGCUGUAGCACAGAUAACAGUGAAAGCAUUGCCCAAGGCUCCUGGUAUUCCUGUGGUGACGGAACGCACAGCCACCAGCAUAACAUUGACGUGGGACUCUGGCAAUCCUGAACCAGUGUCUUACUACAUCAUCCAGCACAAGUCCAAGUACUCGGAGGACACAUACAAGGAGAUUGAUGGCGUAGCCACCACUCGGUACAGUGUGGGAGGCCUCAGCCCGUACUCGGACUAUGAGUUUCGGGUGGUGGCGGUCAACAACAUUGGGAGAGGGCCACCCAGUGAGAGCAUUGAGGCCAAAACAGCUGAGCAGGCACCCAGCACGGCACCAAGGCAGGUCAGAGGUCACAUGAUGAGCACCACUACAGCUGUCAUCCACUGGGAUGAACCAGAAGAGGCUAAUGGACAGAUCAUGGGCUAUAGAGUCUACUACACAUUGGACUCCAACCAGCAUGUCAACCUUUGGGAGAAGCAAAUUGUUCGGGGGGCUGACUUUGUCACCAUCCAGGGCCUCAUCCCUAAUAAAACCUACUACAUCAAGGUUUUGGCAUAUACCUCAGUAGGUGAUGGACCUCUUUCUCCAGACCUUCAGAUCAUUGCUAAGACAGGAGUUCCCUCCCAACCAACAGACUUCAAAGGAGAAGCCAAAUCAGAAACAAGUAUUUUACUUUCAUGGGUGGCGCCAGCACAGACUGGACAGGAAAAUCAAAUUACAGGAUAUGAACUCAUGUACAAGAAGAGGGAUGACAAAGAGGAGAAACGCAUCAGCUUUGAGCCGACAACAACAUACCUACUGAAGGACUUGAAGCCUUUCACUACUUAUACUUUCCGGCUGGCUGCCCAUAGUAAACAUGGAGUUGGGGCUUACACCAAUGAGAUCUCUGCAGAAACUCCACAGACACAACCCUCAGGCCCACCGCAAGAAGUCAAGUGCUAUAGCCCCAGCUCCACCAACAUCCUGGUAAGUUGGCGGCCACCAACAAUGGAAUUACAAAAUGGGAUCAUAACACAAUACACCAUCCAAUACACCGCAACUGAAGGGGAGGAUACUACUACACGUCAAAUCUCCAGCAUCCCUCCGGAAAGCUCCCAGUACCUUUUGGAAAACUUGGACAAAUGGACAGAGUACCGUGUGACAGUCACUGCUCAUACAGAUGUUGGAGCAGGACCAGAGAGCCUGCCACAGCUCAUCCGCACAGAGGAGGAUGUUCCUAGCGGGCCACCUCGUAAAGUUGAGGUGGAGGCUGUCAACUCCUCAUCAAUUAAAGUGAUCUGGCGUUCACCGAUGCCCACCAAGCAGCACGGUCAGAUCCGAGGGUACCAGGUGCACUAUGUCAGGAUGGUUAAUGGGGAGCCCACAGGACAGCCAGCCAUCAAGGACAUCCUGAUUGAUGAUGCCCAGUGGGAAUAUGAUGAUGCAGCUGAUCAUGACAUGAUCAUCACAGAGCUGCAGGCUGAGACCACAUAUUCGGUUACCGUGGCAGCCUAUACAACAAAGGGCGACGGUGCACGCAGCAAGCCCAAACUGAUCACCACCACUGGCGCAGUUCCUGAUAAACCUCGACUAAUGGUCAGUACAACCAACAUGGGCACAGCUCUCCUCCAGUGGCAUCCCCCAGCAGUAACCCACGGGCCCCUACAAGGUUAUCGCCUCCGUUUUGGCCGCAAAGACAUAGACCCCCUGACUGUCAUUGAGUUCCCUGAGCGAGAGAACCACUACACUACCAAAGAGAUCCAUAAGGGAGCCUCAUACACCUUCCGCCUUUCAGCGCGCAACAAGGUGGGCUUUGGUGAAGAGACAGUCAAAGAAGUCACCACAAAUGAGGAUGUCCCAAGCGGUUACCCUCAGAGUAUUACAGCAGAGGGUGCCACCACUUCAACUAUUCAGGUUAGCUGGCAACCUGUCUUGCUGGCAGAGCGAAAUGGCCAAAUAGUGAAAUAUGCUCUGCAAUAUAAGGACAUCAACAGCCCACGCAGUCCCUCAGAACUUUUCAUCACAGCCCCGGAAUCAACAGUCAUCUUGGAUGGCCUUAAGGCAGAUACCACUUAUGAUAUUAAAAUGUGUGCCUUCACCAGCAAGGGCUCUGGCCCCUAUAGCCCAAGUGUCCAAUUCAGGACACAGCCUUUGGAUCAAGCAGUGUUUGCAAAAAAUUUUCACGUGAGAGCUGCCAUGAAGACAUCAGUGUUGCUGACUUGGGAAAUCCCAGACACCUACAACCCAGCUCAACCUUUUACUAUCCUCUACGAUAAUGGGCAAAGUGUGGAAGUGGAUGGCAAGCUGACACUGAAGCUAAUUACCGGCCUUCAACCUGAGACGCAGUACUCUUUUCUCCUGACCAACCGUGGCAACAGUGCUGGAGGUCUGCAGCACCGCGUGUCCACCAUGACAGCUCCAGACAUCCUUCGCACCAAACCGUACCUGAUUGGCAAGACCAACUCUGACGGUAUGGUGACUGUGGAGCUACCAGCAGUACAGACAGCUGAGAGAGUAAGGGGAUAUUACAUUGUGGUAGUACCUCUGAAGAAGCAGCGCACCGGAAAAUUUUUCAAACCCUGGGACAAUCCUGACGAGAUGAAUUUAGAGGAGCUGCUGAAGGAGAUAAAUCGAACUAGCAGAGGCCUUCGAUUCCGGAGGCAGGCUGAACCCAAAGCCUAUAUCGCUUCCUACUUCAAAAACCUACCCAAAGAGUUCACCCUGGGAGAUGGCAAGAUCUAUGGGGACUUUGAAAACAAGCAACUCCAGAAUGGCCAAGAGUACAUAUUCUUUGUGCUUGCCGUUUUGGAAAUGUCUGAAAACAUCAUGUACGCCACCAGCCCUUACUCCGACCCAGUUGUUUCAGCCGACAUUGACCCCCAACCGAUCAUCGAUGAGGAGGAAGGACUCAUCUGGGUGGUGGGCCCUGUGCUAGCUGUCGUCUUCAUCAUAUGCAUCGUCAUUGCCAUCCUUCUCUAUAAAAGAAAAAGAGCAGAAUCUGAAGCUAGGAAAGGCAGUCUACCCAACAGCAAGGAAAUGCCAUUACAUCACCCAACUGACCCUGUUGAGCUCCGACGUCUCAACUUCCAAACACCUGGUAUGGCUAGCCACCCUCCCAUCCCAAUCAUGGACCUUGCAGAUCAUCAGGAGCGAUUGAAAGCCAACGACAACCUAAAGUUUUCGCAGGAGUAUGAGUCCAUUGAUCCUGGUCAGCAGUUCACAUGGGAACACUCUAACCUGGAGGUCAACAAACCAAAGAACAGAUAUGCCAAUGUGAUUGCCUACGACCAUUCCAGAGUCCUGCUCUCUGGUAUUGACGGUAUCCCUGGAAGUGACUAUAUCAAUGCAAAUUACAUUGACGGCUACAGGAAGCAGAAUGCCUACAUUGCCACCCAGGGUUCUCUGCCAGAGACAUUUGGUGAGUUCUGGAGGAUGAUCUGGGAGCAGAGGAGUGCCAUCAUUGUCAUGAUGACCAAACUGGAGGAAAGAUCCAGGGUGAAAUGUGACCAAUACUGGCCUACAAGAGGGACGGAAACAUAUGGUCUCAUCCAAGUGACACUGCUAGACACAGUAGAGCUGGCCACGUACUGUGUCAGGACAUUUGCACUUUUUAAAAAUGGCUCUAGUGAGAAAAGAGAGGUGAGGCAGUUCCAGUUCACAGCUUGGCCAGACCACGGGGUACCAGAGCACCCCACGCCGUUCCUGGCCUUCCUGAGACGAGUGAAAGCUUGCAAUCCCCCAGACGCAGGGCCCAUGGUGGUACACUGCAGUGCUGGGGUGGGACGCACAGGUUGCUUCAUCGUGAUUGAUGCCAUGCUAGAACGUAUCAAGCACGAGAAGACUGUGGACAUCUACGGGCAUGUAACAUUAAUGCGUGCCCAGCGCAACUACAUGGUGCAGACAGAGGACCAGUAUGUCUUCAUACAUGACGCGCUCCAGGAGGCCGUCAACUGCGGCACCACCGAAGUGCCGGCCAGAAACCUAUACGCCUACAUCCAGAAACUAACGCAGAUAGAGGGUGGAGAAAAUGUCACUGGCAUGGAACUGGAGUUCAAGCGUUUAGCGAACACUAAAGCCCAUACAUCACGAUUCAUCAGUGCCAAUCUCCCCUGCAACAAGUUCAAGAAUCGCCUUGUUAACAUUAUGCCAUAUGAGUCCACACGAGUGUGUCUUCAGCCCAUUCGAGGAGUUGAGGGCUCUGACUACAUCAAUGCCAGUUUCAUUGAUGGGUACAGGCAACAAAAAGCCUAUAUUGCCACACAGGGACCACUGGCAGAAACUACAGAGGACUUCUGGAGAAUGCUCUGGGAGCACAACUCUACUAUUGUCGUUAUGCUCACCAAGCUUAGAGAAAUGGGCAGGGAAAAAUGCCACCAGUACUGGCCAGCAGAGAGGUCGGCCAGAUACCAGUACUUUGUGGUGGACCCCAUGGCCGAGUAUAACAUGCCCCAGUAUAUCCUGAGAGAGUUCAAAGUGACUGAUGCCAGGGAUGGACAGUCUCGAACAGUAAGGCAGUUUCAGUUCACAGACUGGCCUGAGCAAGGAGUGCCAAAAUCGGGAGAGGGUUUCAUCGAUUUCAUUGGCCAAGUACAUAAAACAAAAGAGCAGUUUGGCCAAGAUGGGCCUAUCUCGGUCCACUGUAGCGCGGGCGUUGGUAGAACUGGAGUUUUCAUCACCCUCAGCAUCGUCUUGGAACGAAUGAGAUAUGAAGGCGUAGUAGACAUCUUUCAAACAGUCAAAAUGUUACGGACACAGAGACCAGCUAUGGUGCAGACAGAGGAUCAAUACCAGUUCUGUUACAGAGCUGGCUUGGAGUACCUGGGAAGUUUUGAUCACUAUGCAACGUAAAAGACCCAGUAUUGGAAGAAAAAAGCAGAGGGCGCGCUUUGGAAAGAAAACCCAGUGAGCCUCUCUUCUGAGCCAUAAAUUCCUGCUUGAGAAAGUACUCCUUAACUCCUUGCGAACAACUCAUUAUGUGUUGGAUGUGCGACAUGACUUGUCAAAAAAUGAAAAAGAUGAUUCCCGGAGGACCAAGUAUUUCCCAACCCCAAUAAAACCUCACCUUGACACAGAGUGAGGGAAUCCUGACUGUUGAAGCAUCAUACGGAAUUACCUUUUUUCUUUUGCUUCAAGGAUUCAUUUUGGGGCUCAUAAAACUGAAUGAAACCAACACAAAAAAGUAAAUGAACAAUAAUGACAUCGUCAGAAAUGCAUCAAUGAUUAUGAACCAUUACGAGAGGCAUUGGAGGCACACAGAAUUGCGGGGAAAAAAAACUUGAUGCACAUUGUAAAGAAAAAAAAAAAUCUGUUUCACAAUCAAGUACACACAGACAACCCAUCAAAAAAGAAGACAAUGCUUGGUCCACAACAGCAGGACAGACUUAAAGUAAUAAUGAUUAAAUACCCCUUUUAUUGUCACAAUAUUCAUCAUCUAAAUUUUGGGAGAGGGUAAAGUUAAAAUGAUCUAUGAAAUAAAUAAAAAUUAUUGAUUUAGUUUUUUAGUACUUUAUUACAGCUGAUGUGCUUUUUUUGAACUGUGUGAAUUUCCUUUUUUUACACAAAUUUAUCGCUUGGGGAAAAAAAAGUGAUAAAAACGUACUUAUGUAAAUGUUUUUCUUUUUUUUAAGCUGUAGAACUGUUCUGACGUAUGUGCUUUUUUGCAGAGAAUCUCUUUGCUUUUUAAAAAAUUUUAUUUAAUUCUUUUUUUGUUUUUUUUCCCUCAUAUUGUUGCACUCAGUGCGCAGAACGGAAUUCACACUACCAAAAUGUAACUUUUGUCCAAGAGUUAUUUUUUGGUCUUGAUUGUUUCAGUUUGUUUUUUGUCCAUGAUCACAUACAUGGUAACUUAAUUACUCCCAUAAGAUAAACUUGGGGCUUUGUGGAAUCAACAGGGAUGAGCAAAGUAUGAAGUUGCUGCUACCGAUUAUCUUAGUUCUUCCAUGUUAGAAUGAUGAUAAGUGAGGACCUGAUGAAUUGGAUAAGAUAUAUGAAUAAAUAAAUGGUACAGAUAUAUAAAUAUGUGAAAUAUAUAUAUUAAAGUAUACAUAUAAUAGUCUAAAUAUAUUGAGAAAGUACAUAAUUUAUAAGUAAAAGGCAUAUGAAAUAUGGAUUGUCUAUGAAAGCUUCCAAAUUGAGAGUUGUGUGCUAUGGGGGAAACAAAGAUAUUUUUCACUGGAAUGCACAUCAGUAGGACAAAAUUGUAUUCUGAUUCAGUGCAUCUUUUCUUGUGCAAUAAAUAUGUGUGUUUUUAGAUAGGGUUUUAUGUGGAUAUGUUAUUCACUCAUGACAUUGUUGUUCCCCCGGCAAGGAGGAGUGGGAGUGGGAAUGUCAGGUGCCAGUCAAAGCAUCGCUGGUGCAUUUUCAAGCUCUCAUACAGUCUGUAAUUAGAGGCAGAGGGUCACACAGCCGCACUCACCGCUCCACACACAAUAGGGCAAGGUACAAAGACAUCACUUUCUUGUGGUUCUUUAAAACAUUCAUUGGUAAUAACAUUUUAUUUUCAUUUUGCAUUUAGAGUGCCUUAUAUUUAUGCCUGUUUUUAUAAUGUUUCAUUUAACAUUUUAAUGUAUCCUUUGAGUAAUCUAGACAUUUAAGUGUAAAUGUAAUUGCAUAGUUUAUUUACCUUUAGCAUUCAUUUUGUCACAUGAUGAGAUUAUAUAUGCAAAUAAGAACAUUUCAAAGCUCAUAUUUUUCAUUUUCAGUGGCCUUAUUGUGGCUGAGUGAAUUAGAAUUUAACAGUUUAUAUAUCACUGACCUCUACAGAAUAUAGUUAAGAAGAUACAAAUGUUUAAAAAAAAAAAAAAAAAAGAAGAUCUAUAUUUAAAAAUGUUCAGACACAGAACCAGGGAUGAGACUGCAGAAUAUUAGUCUCAGAAUGAAACAGUUCGUCCAUUAGGACAUGUACAGUAUUAAGGCCCAAUGUGAAGUUAAUGAGAUUUUUUAGCGUCACUACGGUCACAUUUUUCAACAAUAAAGUACAGCAUAUUCAGAUUUUAAAAUAGAUUUGGUCAAGAAAGAAUACCUAAUGCACAGGUCGUCACCGAAGGGGUUUCUUCUUCAUGCCUUAGGUUUGAAUUACAGACUUCAUGUGUGUCAUUACAGAGAGCAGAUACAGAAAAAUACAAUCUGCAACAAAAUAUUGAUUAUGUUAUCCUGACAAUCCUAAACAGUAUGUCACGUCCUCUUUUUUUUUUUUUUUUUUACAUAACAGUUUGAAGUUAAACCCCAGUUUCGGUUAUAUUUCAGUUUUUUUUCUAAUUUUUAUGUUGAGCAGCAUCGUUAACUUCUUCUUACCCUCUUUGGUGGCUUUGUGGAUGUGCAUUCCAGGUGCUUUCUUUCCCUUGUUAACUCAAGCAGCUGUUAUUUUUGUCGACUGCUUAACUGGUUAUUUUUGUCAUAAUUUUGAGAUAUAAAAGUGCUAUUAUUUAACCUCAUGGUGGCUAAUGUUACAUUAUGUUUAAGGCUCAUGUUUAUUUGCUCAUCUCAGUUUUUCCUUUUUUUUAUUAUUGAUUUUUCAUAUGCAUGGUGAAACAUUGCAGAACGGCCAGAGCUGGCCUGGUAGGAAGAUUUGCACUUUCUCUAUCUUUGUACUAUGCACUGCCCUAUUGAUUCUAAACCCAAUAAUAUAUUACUUGAACCCAUCUAUAAAAAAAAUCUUAAUCCUUAACCGUUCACUUUGUGUGUAUGUAAAUAACACAAAAAAGGUAUCGACUCUUGAAAAAGACAAAAAAAAAAAAAAAAAAAAAGUUUGUGGCGAAAAAGAGCAUCCAUUCUGAUGCCAUGGUUACUCCAGCAGAUGACUUCAGAAAAAUCUGUCCCCCAACCAUCUGUUCUUGUGGCUUUGCCAUUCAAGCUUGGAGUGUCAUUAACAGAAAUAAACGUUGUGUUCUCUGCUCUCUCUAUCUAUCUCUCGUCUGGAUGCAUAGACUGAAAAUUAAAUAAUGAAAUUGUAAAAAAAAUGGCUUGUUAAAAAGAUCAUACAAUUACCUCUGAUUAGUUGUAAGCGUAAACUGUUUCUUUUUCUGAAUGAAAGGAGUGCUUUUUAUUUUCUUACUUAGGUUACAUUGGUGGCGAAAGAAGUCUGUAUGAAAAUCAGUUCUUUGCUGACACAAGUUCCAUUUGUUAUAAAUGAAUUCUAUUAAAAAAUGUCAGUGUUAUG